GAGACAGUGCAGCAGUACAUUAUAAUAAGUAGUGAUGUUGUGGUUGUAUUUAGUGGGACUGGCUUUUGCCUUAUAUUACGUUAAUAAGUGGAUUCGAAGCAAUGAACAGUUUGAGAAGAUUCCAGGUCCGCCGGGAAUUUAUAUUGUUGAAAAUGCUUUGGACUUUUUGAUGGACCCUGUUACACUGUUUUAUUACUUUAGGAAGCUGGGCAGUCAGUAUAAGCAGUUUUUUAAAAUAAAACUUGCAUCCAGGAAAUUUAUUAUAAUAUGCAAUCCGGAGGAUACCGAGGCGAUUAUAUCUGGCACGAAGUACAACAAAAAAGGUUUUCUGUAUGGAUUUAUAGAACCAUGGCUGAAGGAAGGACUGCUGUUAAGCGAUGGAGAGAAAUGGCAACAGCGCCGGAAAAUUCUGACGCCGACUUUUCAUUUCAAUAUUUUACGCCAUUUUAAUACGAUACUAGAAGAAAACUCACGAAAAUUGGUAAACCAACUUGCUACCGAGGUCAACAAAGAUAAAACAGAUGUUUCCACCUUUAUUACCGAAUUCACGUUGCACUCAAUAUGUGAGACUGCAAUGGGAACCAAGUUGGACAGUGAGACCAGCAGCGUCGGGCGCAGCUACAAGGACGCUAUUAUAAAACUAGGAGUGUAUGCCGUCCACAGAGCUCAGAGAGUGUGGCUAUAUCCCGACCUUAUCUUCCCUUGGACUCGGCUCGGACGCAAGCAGCAGAAGAUCCUGGACUUAAUGCGCUCCUUCAGGGACAGCGUCAUCGAUAAAAGGAGAGAGUCUAAUGACUUUAAAAAUAUGCUUCUCGAAGUAGCGAAUGACACCGAUGAGCAAGAAAUAUCCGUGGCGGGUAAAAAAAGGCUAGCGAUGCUCGAUCUUUUACUGCAGGCCGAAAGAGAAGGUAUUAUUGAUGCAAAUGGAAUUGGAGAGGAAGUAGACACGUUCAUGUUUGAGGGUCAUGAUACUACCGCAACAGCUCUUCAGUUUACUUUGAUGUUAUUGGCCUGUUAUCCGGAUGCACAGGAUAAAGCCGUCGAAGAAUGCAAUCAAAUAUUUAAAACUCCUGACCAACAAGCAACGAUGUCUGAUUUGUCCCAAAUGAAAUAUCUGGAAUGCUGCAUCAAGGAGUCACUGCGGCUCUAUCCUCCGGUGCACUUCAUUAUGAGGAAGCUCGAUCAGCCUUUAAAAUUGAAUACUGGCGGAAACGAAGUGCCGGCGGGCUCGGACUGCGCGAUCCUGCUGUGGGAGCUGCAGCGGCGCAGCGACCAGUUCGUGGAGGCGCUCGAGUUCCGACCCGAGCGGUUCCUGCAGCCGCCCACGUGGCAUCCCUACGCCUUCAUCCCUUUCAGCGCUGGGCCCAGAAACUGCAUAGGUCAAAAGUUCGCAAUGAAUGAGAUGAAGUUCGCUUUAUCCGCAAUACUGAGAAACUACAGGCUGCUGCCGGUGUCCACUCCUCAGAAUAUCGUGUUCAUUACAGACUUCAUAUUACGCCCUGUUGAUCAUAUUUAUGUUAAAUUUGAAAAUAGACAUCCUGACGGCAAUGUCUACAUAUUGGCUAUCGCUAUUCACCCGAACAACAAUCACAACGUGAUAACAACACAUGAAUACUCUGAUUUAGUUAAUUGUGAGCCGCGGCUGGUGGACUCGUCUAAAAUGUUAAUUUAUUUAUUAUCGACUGCGAUUUUACUGUGCGUCAUUCAUGUGUUUUUUAAUUACAAUAGUGUAGCAAGGGCGCUAAGAAAAAUACCAGGCCCUAAGGAUGCAUUUAUAAUUGGAAACGCGCUUGAAAUUAUAGUUCCACCAGAUAAAUUAAUGGACUUAGGGCGAGACUUUGCAAAGAGAUUUCAUGGAAUUUACAGAUUUUGGUGUUACCCGUUAGGAGCAGUGACCAUCUAUAAUCCAGAAGAUAUAGAGAUAAUUAUGUCAACCAUGAAACAUAGUGAAAAAAGCUUGAUAUAUAAUUUAUUGAAACCAUGGCUACAGGAAGGGCUGCUGCUAAGUAACGGUGAAAAAUGGCAAACUCGUCGUAAAAUUUUGACACCCACCUUUCACUUCAACAUACUGCGGCAGUUCAGCGUAAUUCUGCAGGAGAACGCACAGAGGCUCUUGACUGUUCUUGAGGCGGCAUCGGAGCGCCCCCUCGACGUGGUGCCCGUCAUAUCCGAGUUUACACUUAACUCCAUUUGUGAAACCGCGAUGGGGACGCAAUUAAAUGAACAGGAAACCAAUGCCGCCAGGUCUUACAAAGACACGAUAUACAAAAUCGGUCAUAUUUUCAGCAAACGUUUUGCGAGAAUAUAUUUGUUUUCGGACUUUAUUUUUAAUUUCACGCCGUUAGGCAGCGAACAGAAAAAUCUUUUAAAAAUAGUUAGAAAUUUUACUAAAACUGUCAUAGACCAAAGAAAGGUGCUGCUUGAAAAUAAUAUAAAUUUAGAUACAAUAAAUGACGCCGAAGAAUAUGACGAUAUCUUUAUGAAGAAGAAGAAAAAAGUUGCUAUGCUAGAUUUAUUGAUAUCUGCUGAAAAAGAUAGACUGAUUGAUAGUGCAGGGAUACAAGAAGAAGUCGAUACAUUCAUGUUUGAGGGCCACGACACGACUGCUUCGGGAUUGACAUUUUGCAUGGUGGCGCUAGCUAAUAAUAGGGACAUACAGGUCAAAGCUGUAGCAGAUAUUAAAGACUUGCUUGGCGACUCCGACCGCGCUAUUACCAUGGAAGAUGUUAACAACUUGCCGUACCUAGACCGCUGCAUCAAGGAAUCGCUACGGAUCUAUCCUCCCGUGCAUUUUAUUAGCCGUAAAUUGACUGAAGAUGUUAAAUUGAGCAACAAAUACGAUGUCCCCGCUGGAGUGGCAUGCCACAUCUCCAUCUACGACCUGCACCACCGCGAGGACCUCUACCCAGACCCGACCCGGUUCGACCCCGACCGAUUCUUGCCCGAACAAUGCGCCCGGAGACACCCCUAUGCGUACAUACCAUUUAGCGCGGGACCUAGGAACUGUAUAGGUCAAAAGUUUGCCUUGCUGGAGAUGAAGUUAGUGCUAGCAGAAGUGUUGCGGAAGUUCGAGUUGCAGCCGGUCACCCGCCCGGAGGACCUGAGCUUCAUCGGGGACCUUGUAUUGAGGAACAAGGGCCCCGUCUACCUCAACUUUAAGAAAAGGAAGUCUGUCGCGAUACAGUGAUAGUCAGCUAAAUAUUAAAAGAGAUGGCGGGGCGACCUCGACGCAUUUUA